AGUUCAUCUCCGCAAAGCCCAUAAAUUGUUCGACGAAAUGCCUUACUCUCUACUCAUCCAAACCCAAUGGGCAGAUUCUUCAACGCCUUCUUUCAUGCCUUCCUCGCCACUUCUUUUGUUCUGUAUCUGGUUCAUGCCCAAACCCAACAAGGCUUCAUCAGUAUUGAUUGUGGGUCUAAUUCUAGUUAUACUGAACCAACUACGGGUAUAGAUUAUGUCUCUGAUUCUAACUACGUGGAAACUGGGUUGGUAUCUAGCAUAUCAUCUGAUUAUACACUGGAUACUCUUCUGCAACAACUAUGGAAUCUUAGAAGCUUUCCUGAAGGAAAAAGGAACUGCUAUACUAUUCCAGUGAAGCCUGGCACCAAGUAUUUGAUUCGUUCCAGUUUCUUGUAUGCAAAUUAUGAUGCCAAAAAUAGCACUCCUACAUUUGAUAUAUACUUUGGACCCAACUUUUGGACGACGGUAACACUACCAAAGGUACAGACUAUUAUAGAUGUGGAGAUCAUUCACAUCACAACGUCAAAUCAAGUUCAGGUUUGCCUUGUCAACACAGGGUAUGGAGUACCCUUCAUUUCAGCCAUAGAGUUGAGGCCAUUGCCAAAUACCAGUUACGUUACUCUGAGUGGAUCAUUGACAGCCUUCUUACGCUUGGACGUUGGUGCUCCAAACGAUACUUUCAUUCGAUUUCCAGAUGAUGUAUACGAUCGUGUUUGGAGUCCACUAACUCCAAUGGUCAAAUGGACUCCCAUAAGUACUACACUUUUGAAGUCGAUUAACAACGAAGAUGUUCUUGGUUUUAAAGCACCUGCUGAAGUGUUAAGUACGGCCUCCACAGUCAUAAAUGCAAGUGCACCAAUGGAAUUUUCUUGGGGCGAUAUUGAUAUCACAACCCAGUACUAUGUAUACAUGUACUUUGCUGAACUUCAAGAGCUCAAAGCCAAUCAGUCUAGAUCAUUCAAUAUCUAUGUGAAUGACAAGCUUUGGAUAAACGAGAGGAUUUCCCCUGUUUAUCUAUCAGAAUUGGUAGCUCAUAGCAUAACUCCCUUUACUAACAAUGAUACAUAUGACUGUAAAUUGAUUAUGUCCGAAGGGUCAACUCUUCCGCCCAUCCUGAACGCGAUUGAGAUAUACAAAGUGAUGAACUUCACACAACUCACAACAGAACAAGAUGAUGUUGAUGCCAUUGAAUCCAUUAAGAAUACUUACGGGGUUGCAAAAGACUGGCAAGGGGAUCCAUGUGCCCCCAAAAUGUUUGCUUGGCAGGGUGUCAACUGUAGCUAUGAUGCUCCAAAUCCUCCAACAAUCACAGGGCUAGAUUUAUCGUCGAGUGGAUUGACUGGACAAAUUUCACCCAACAUAUCAAAUCUAGCAAAGCUAGUGGUUUUGGAUUUGUCAAAUAAUAGCUUAAGUGGACCGGUGCCUGAUUUUCUUGUUGGAAUGUCAUCGUUGACUGUUAUAAACUUGUCCGGAAACAACCUAUCAGGACUGAUUCCUGCUGCACUUAUUGACAGAAAGAACAAAGGCUCUCUUAAAUUAAGUGUGGAGGGAAACCCGAAUCUGCAAGAGACAACAAGUGAAAAGAAGAAGAAUAACAUAGUAGUUCCUAUAGUUGCAGCAAUUGGUGGCGCUAUCAUCAUUAUAAUAUUGAUUUUAGCUUAUGUUUACUUCAUUCGACGGAAAAUAAGUUCUAAAGGUCCAACCAUCGCGGACCCCCAUUCACCAGUAAAUUCUGAAGUUGAGCUUCAUCCACAUGAGCCAUUACGGACACCAAAUCGCCAACUUUCCUACUCAGACAUCUUACAAAUGACCAAUAAUUUCAGUAGACUAUUGGGUGAAGGUGGGUUUGGAAAGGUUUAUUAUGGUGUCAUGGGUAACACUGAAGUGGCAGUCAAGAUGCUAUCUCCAAAAUCAACUCAAGGGUAUCAAGAAUUUCAAGCAGAGGUCGAUCUUCUUUUGAGAGUUCAUCACAGAAACUUAACUAGUCUGGUUGGAUAUUGCAAUGAAGGGGAGGCAAGAAUGGGACUUGUCUAUGAAUACAUGGGCAAAGGAAAUCUAGGAUCAGUGCUUUCUGGUGGAAGAGGAAAAGUUUUAAGAUGGGAAGAAAGACUUAAAAUAGCAUUGGAUUCAGCACAAGGAUUGGAAUAUUUACAUGAUGGUUGUAGGCCUCCAAUUAUUCACAGGGACAUCAAAACAAGUAACAUUUUAUUGAAUGAGUAUUUACAAGCGAAACUUGCUGACUUUGGCCUAUCAAGGGCAUUUCCUAAUGAAGGCGGUGCCACUCAUGUGACGACGAGAGUGGUUGGAACUCCUGGUUACCUUGAUCCAGAGUAUUACACAUCGUACAAAUUGACAGAGAAGAGCGAUGUUUAUAGCUUUGGAAUUGUUAUUCUAGAACUCAUCACAGGAAGACCAGUGCUAGUGAAAACUAGCGAGAAAAGUCACAUUAUUCAGUGGGUUGAUUCCAACAUUAACCAAGGCGACAUCUACUCUAUAAUUGAUCCCAACAUAAAAGACGAUUGCAAUACUAACUCCGUGUGGAAAGCAGUAGACAUAGGAAUGUCUUGCACAGCUCGUAAUCCAAUAAAUAGGCUGACAAUGAGCCAGGUUAUAAGCGAGCUCAAAGAAUGUCUAAACCUUGAGUUAAAUCAGAGAGAUCAGCAAAUUGACUCUAUUACGACAAUCUCCUCGACCUUCCAUUACGAGAUGGGCCCUAUGGCAAGAUAG